CUUGGGACUGGUCGAUCUCUUCAAUAAAGCAAUGUUGGCUACGGCAUACAUAACAUAACUACAUAGCUGGAAGUUAGCCUGGACUGGCUUAGCUAACAGGUCAUGCUACCCCUCUUUGUUCUUUCACUUGACAUUCUACCCGUUCAUUUUUUAAUUUGUUGACUGUAAAAGAUGGGCUACCUCUGUUGAGGGAGGUGUGUUCGCUCUAUAUUAGGAUUGGCUGUAUCCAUACCCAUUACAUGCACUCUUCUUCAAGGUAUUUACACCUCUAGCACUAAUGUCCAUGAUUGUUCCAGCAUGGCUACCUCAAGAUUCGAGACGGAGGUUUAUACAGCCGAGGGGUAUGUGGAAAGUGCAGGGACUAUACUAUUCCGGCUCUCGACCUGUGAAAUCUGCGUCCUCCAUUUGCUGAGUCGUGAUGAGUACAUCCUUGCAAAAGGUCGUCGUAAUGUCGGCGAAUCACGUGCGGCUACUGCACUUCGUGAAACUACUGAGGAGACGGGUGUGCCCUGUUAUCUCCUGCCCAUAAACCUUCAUUCCCGUGCAUGCCCCCCGGGCGGUGAGGUGGACCUACCAGAUAAAGUGAGGCUUUUCGACAAUGCUUGCGAACCAAUCGGAAUGCAUCUUCGGCGUCUUGGGGAGAAUAACAUCAAAAUAAUUUGGUGGUAUGUGGCUGCGGUUAGUGAAGGAGAGCCUGUGGGUCAACACGAAGACAGGUAUCAACUAGAGUUCUAUAAGUAUGAGGAAGCACUGGAAAAGCUCACUUAUGGGAAUGAUCGAGCACUUGUACGAAAAGCGGUUGAGUUGGUUGAAUCUACAAUCCGUACCACAUGAACUAUCUAAUUACAUCACAUUGCCCGUUCAACUCACGCUUUAUUCUUGUCCCCGCAACCUAGUCCCCUUGGAUGCUAUGUCAUUUGCGAGCAAUAAUGACUUCUCCGCACUCUCGAAACUGCCGUUAUUAUCCAGCACGAAAUCUGCUUCAGCUGCAAUUAUUCCCACCCCCCUUUCUUUUUUAGUUUGAUCUUGCCGUUCCAACUCCUCUAAGGAUAUGAGCGACCUGCUCCUUCGCUUUGUCAGAAAGGGAAGGCGGUGAUACUUGCGUUCCACAUACUGGAAUGCUGGGAAUAUGUAUAUAAGACCUUCAUCCAGCCAG